CCCUGUGGCCGCUAGGUGGCGGUAAACAAACUCCUGACUCGUAGUUUACGGGUCAAAGGUGAAAGUUGAAACUAGCUGCAGCGCUCGCUGUACGUAAGAACGAUGGCUAAACAUCAUCCAGAUUUGAUCUUUUGCAGAAAACAAGCGGGUGUCGCUAUCGGGAGACUCUGCGAGAAAUGUGAUGGAAAGUGUGUCAUCUGUGAUUCCUAUGUGAGGCCCUGCACACUUGUGCGCAUCUGUGAUGAGUGUAACUACGGCUCCUAUCAGGGGCGCUGUGUUAUCUGUGGGGGGCCCGGAGUAUCUGAUGCCUACUACUGCAAAGAAUGCACCAUCCAGGAGAAAGAUCGGGAUGGCUGUCCUAAGAUUGUGAAUUUGGGCAGUUCAAAGACAGAUCUGUUUUAUGAAAGGAAGAAGUAUGGCUUCAAGAAGAGGUGAAGAUGCUCCAGCCCAGUUCUUGUUUUAGUUAAUUUUUUUCACUCUGCAGAGUUUCCCAAAAACAUCAAGAAACUUUUCUUUUUGACUUGUCAAUAAAGUUCUCUUUUGUAUUGCCUUCUUUA